UGCCUCAGUCGUCGCCUUGCACUUCUACCCGGAUUCUGAUUGCCUCCCUUGAUUCUCGACCCCACACCCGGAUUUGGACCUCGGACGCUUCUCUCCUGCCCCACGGACCUUGCUUGGAUCACGAACCCUUUGGGAUCUUCCUCUCUGGACUUGGACGCUGCCACAACCAACACACACCUUCAACAAACCCACGCUAGCUAGCUGCUAAGCUAACGAGGCUAGCGGAGAAAGGCAGCGCCGGUCUGAAGGAAGCUUCUCCCCCGCCACCGUGACCACCACUUCCCGAAGACAGCUGGCACUCCACUCGGCGACGGAAAGUUUCUGUGAGUAUGGCUUCCUGCGCUUCGUGCACUUUACUCAUGGAUAGGUUGGCUUUGCUAGAGAGCCGUGUCCGCCAGUUAGAGCAGUGUAAUUUCGUAACUUUAGAUGUAGCGGACACAUCUGCUAGCGUUAGCUGUAGCGAGCUAACUAGCCCAGCUUGUAGCAGCCCUAAGCGGCCUACAAGCUACGGUGUACCGGUUGAGACGCAUAAUAGAUUUAGCCCUUUAGCUAGUCCUACACCCCAGUCUACCGGGCACCACACUUUAGUCAUAGGGGACUCCAUCACCCGAAACAUAAAGCUUAGCAAACCAGCCACAAUUAAGUGUAUUCCCGGGGGCAGAGCACCUGACAUUGAAGCUAAUCUUAGGGAGCUAACUCGCAACAGGUCUAGUAAACACGUACGGCAGGCUAACCGCACCACUAGUUAUGCGAAUAUAGUAAUACACGUUGGCUCCAAUGACGUUAGGAUGAGACAAUCAGAGAUUACAAAGAGAAACAUAGCCAGGGCUUGUAAUCUCGCCAGAAAGAUGUCCAGGCAUCGAGUAAUUGUCUCUGGCCCCCUGCCUGGGAGAGGCAACGAUGAGAGAUAUAGCAGAUUAGUCUCUCUUAACAGGUGGCUGGAUAGCUUCUGCAGACAACAGGGAUUUACGUUUAUUGAUAAUUGGCCCUCUUUCUGGGGCAAACCUGGCUUGCUGAGGAGAGACGGCCUUCACCCUAACCAGGAAGGCGCUAUCCUCUUGUCUCGGAACAUAGACUUCGCAUUGAGCCACAUUUGACUAACUGCACUAGAGCAAGCCCGGUCACAGGCAAUUACAGAGCCUGCUAGCCUGGGUAUGGAGUCAGUUAAGCUAGAACUAGCCAGCGCCAGGCUGGAUGAUCCCUGUACACAUAGCAAUUUUCUUAGAAUAAUACACAACUCACAAAAUGUUUUUUCUGCUGUGUCUAUGACUACGUCAGAGUUAGACAUGCGUUCUACUGAGGUGGCAAAUUAUGAUGCGUUCAGUUUAUCGCAGCACCAAGUAGACAAUCUGAAAAUUCCCGUCAUAUCAAUUCCUAGAUAUGAUCGUAAUUAUUUUAAGUACACUGCGCAUAAUAAACGCAACAUUAUUAAUAUUGCUACUACGGAUAAUUUUAUCAACAACUCCUUAAAACAGCCCACUACCUAUAAUAUGGGCUUUCUAAACAUCAGAUCUUUGUCUCCCAAAACGUUAUUAGUUAAUGAGGUCAUUAGAGACAACAACCUUAACGUCAUCGGUCUUAGCGAAACCUGGCUUAAACCAGACGACUUUUUUGCGAUAAAUGAGGCAUCCCCUCCUAACUAUACGAAUGCGCAUAUUGCCCGUCCCCUUAAAAGGGGAGGGGGGGGAGGGGUUCGCACUAAUAUACAACGAAAACUUUAACUUUAGUCCUAACUUAAAUAAUAAAUAUAAAUCUUUUGAGGUGCUUUCUAUGAAGUCUGCCACACCUCUGCCUCUGUGUCUGGCCGUUAUCUACCGCCCCCCAGGGCCAUAUUCGGACUUUAUUAGUGAAUUCUCAGAGUUUGUUGCUGAUCUAGUGACGCACGCCGAUAAUAUAAUUAUAAUGGGGGACUUUAAUAUCCAUAUGAAUACCCCAUCGGACCCACCGUGCGUGGCGCUCCAGACUAUAAUUGAUAGCUGUGGUCUUACACAAAUAAUAAAUGAACCGACGCAUCGCAGCGGUAAUACGAUAGACCUAGUGCUUGUCAGAGGUAUAACCGUUUCCAAAGUUAUGAUACUCCCGUAUACUAAAGUAAUGUCCGAUCAUUACCUUAUAAAAUUCGAAGUUCAGACUCAUGUUCGGCAAGCUAAUAAUAAUAAAAACUGCUAUAGCAGCCGCAACAUUAAUGCUGCCACAAUGACGACUCUUGCUGACCUACUGCCCUCGGUAAUGGCACCAUUCCCAAAGUAUGUGGGCUCUAUUGAUAACCUCACUAACAACUUUAACGACGCCCUGCGCGAAAUCAUUGAUAGUAUAGCACCGCUGAAGUUAAAAAAGGCUCCAAAAAGGCGUACGCCAUGGUUUACUGAAGAAACUAGAGCUCAGAAAUUAUUAUGUAGAAAGCUGGAACGCAAAUGGCGCACGACUAAACUUGAGGUGCACCAUCAAGCCUGGAGUGAUAGUUUAAUAACUUAUAAACGCAUGCUUACCUUAGCUAAAACUAAUUAUUACUCAAAUCUCAUCCGCAUUAAUUAAAACGAUCCAAAAUUUUUGUUUAGUACAGUAGCAUCGCUAACCCAACAAGGGACUCCUUCCAGUAGCUCCACCCAUUCGGCAGAUGACUUUAUGAAGUUCUUUAAUAAGAAAAUUGAACUUAUUAGAAAGGAGAUUAAAGACAAUGCGUCCCAGCUACAACUGGGUUAUAGUAACACAGAUACGACUGUAUAUACGGCGGAUACAGCAAAUAUCCAAAAUAGUUUCUCUCGUUUUGAUGAA